ACUUUACUAAUUCAACCAACCCCUUCAAUCCAAAUUUUUCAACAUGUCUCUCAAAAACGACAAGUUCCCUUCAUCCGCCGCCUUUGACGCCAUCAACAGCGCUCUCACCGGCAGCGAAGCUGACCGCAAAGACGCCAUCAAGCAGGGCAACGCCGUCUUUGCUUUUGUUAUCAAGAACGCUGCCGGCGAGACCGACGAGUGGCAUAUUGACCUCAAGAACAAGGGUGAGGUUGGCAAGGGUCUUGGCGAGAAGCCUACCGUCACCCUCUCCCUUUCCGAUGCCGACUUUGCCAGCCUCGUUGCCGGCAAGGCCAACGCCCAGCGCCUCUUCAUGUCCGGCAAGCUCAAGAUCAAGGGCGAUGUCAUGAAGGCCACCAAGCUCGACCCCAUCCUCAAGAAUGCGCAGACCAAGGCUAAGCUCUAAAUAAAUCUAGUUCUACAUGCGAGCAAGUCCCAAAAACACCUGCAAAAAAAUAGUCAAAUUAUAAAGCAUGAUACCAUAAUGCUGUCGUUUCAGAAGAACAUAGCUAUCUGGGGAACGUGUACUGAUUUGGUGGGAUGGUGAUGGUGCUAGUUGUGUUUCGUGUUGUGCUCUACGAAUACUCGUUUGGAAGGGGAAGCUUUUAGGUAUAGCCAGCGGCUCUCUACACAACGUGAAUCAUGUUCAAACUGUCCGUCAGUAUUCUGUAUCUUUAUCUUCAAUAGUCGAGACUUUCAUCCCGACGACUUUCGCAUUUAUUAGUCGCGGAUCG